AUGUUGCUUACCCGUUUUUACUCUGUGUUCUUCAUCUUUCUCUUGUUAGGGGCUAGGUUGCAUGGUACAUCAUUUGAAAACCAUGGAAGUCGGAAAUCGUCUACAUUUUCAUUCUUUAGUCGAUUUUGGAGCAAGUCUAUUAGUCAUAUUGAUUCUGAUGAUAAGGAAUCAAGUAACUCAGGCAAAAUGCAUGGUAUCAGUCACUCCAAGGCAGAUAAUGGCAAUUUGGAAUCGUCUAGCCCGCGAAGAAUGAGCACCAUUAAUCAUGCCGUGGCAGUGAGUGGGAUAGGUGCCAACUGGGGCUCACAAACAUCACAUAACCUGCCUCCCGAGACAAUGGUGCGGAUGCUAAGAGAGAACGGGAUUCAAAAAGUUAAGCUUUUUGAUGCUGAUUAUGAUACACUAAGAGCACUUGGAAAGUCCGGGAUUGAGGUUAUGGUUGGCAUUCCCAAUGACAUGCUUGCAACUUUUGCUUCCAGCUCGAAGGCUGCUGAGAAAUGGGUAAAUAAAAAUGUCUCCCAUCAUCUCUCUACCAAUAAUGUCAAUAUCAGGUACGUUGCUGUUGGUAACGAACCUUUCUUGGCAACAUAUAAUGGAACCUUUCUUAGAACCAUGUACCCAGCUCUCAGAAAUAUUCAACAAGCGCUGAUAAAAGCCAGCAUCAGCAAUCAAGUAAAGGUCACUGUUCCUCUAAAUGCUGAUGUCUACUCGAGUUCAACUAGCUUGCCAUCUGGAGAUCCCAGCUUUCCUGUUGAAUAUGCCUUUUUUGAUGGAAAUGCGACACCUCUGAAUGAUGGUGGUACGAACUAUUACAAUAUGUUUGAUGCGAAUCACGACACUCUUGUCUGGGCAUUGCAAAAGAAUGGCUUUGGAAAUUUACCUAUAAUAGUUGGAGAAAUUGGGUGGCCGACUGACGGGGAUCGAAAUGCUAACCUAGAGUAUGCACAAAGGUUCAACCAAGGCUUCAUGGCUCAUAUAUCGGGUGGAAAAGGAACCCCAAUGAGGCCAGGGCCCAUCGAUGCAUAUCUAUUUAGUUUGAUGGACGAGGAUGAUAAGAGUAUUGAUCCCGGAAACUUUGAGCGACAUUGGGGAAUUUUCAAGUAUGAUGGACAACCCAAAUAUCCUCUCAACCUUGGAACCACUAACUCAGGAUCUCUCAUCCCGGCACGAGGUGUAAUUUAUUUAGAGCGAAAAUGGUGUAUAAUGAAGCCAAAUGCAAAACUAGAUGGUUCUGACGUCGCUCCAAGUGUAAGCUAUGCUUGUGCACGCGCUGAUUGCACGUGCCUCGGUUAUCAGACAUCAUGUGGAAAUUUGGAUGCUCGUGGGAAUAUUUCGUACGCUUUCAACAGCUAUUACCAGAAGAACAAUCAACUUGAUGAUGCCUGCAAAUUUUCGGGUCUUGGAACAAUUACAAGAGCUGAUCCAUCGACUGAAAGUUGCAGGUUCAAUGUCAUGAUCAAGGCAUACUACGGGAGUUCUGUACGAUUAUCAGGCUGUAUUCUGAAGACAUUGACUUUGGUUUGGAAGGCCCCAAUUGGUCAGCCAGUUUAUAUGGCUCAGCCUCAAGUUGAACAUUGGGAGGCUGUUAUGCCUNUUUUAUACAAGGCUAAUAAUCAUCUCGGAAGUAACUGGUUGAGCAGUUAA